AGACCAGCUCGAAGGCUGGGUGACUGGGCAGCCGCGGGCGCCCUGCGUCAUCGACCAACCUCGCAUCGCACGUGGCAGACUUCGUCGCUCCAGGCCAUUGGCUGUCUAGAACUGCGCCGCCCACUCGCCCGCCAUGGGCCGCAACAAGAAGCCCUUGAGCGCACUGGCGGAGGCACCCGGUAACACCGGCAACGGGAAACUUCAGCGCGUGUACGACGCGCUGUUGCAGUCGGACGCGACGACGCCUCUGAAUGAGCCCCGUCGGUUCGGCAUGGCCCUCACUGCUGUGUACCGGCGCGCCCUGUCGGACUUGGCGAGCGAACAGGCUUUCGAGUACGGGGAAAAUCUCUUCAUGGCCGGAGAGUCGUUAGCUACGUACGUGACUCUACGGGACGGUCUCGAAGAGAGCCCGCGGGUGACGAAGAUAGCCGACUCGCCCAACAAUAACCUCUCAGAGAACAAGACAAUGAGGGACAUCGUGAAGCGCUUGCGGCUACACGCCGCCAAGAAAACUAGCGGCGCCGACCCUUUCUUUGAUCGCCUGAAGAAGUUCGUGCAGCCAACGAAGGACAAGCUGGGCAAGACCUGCUUGUUCGGAGUCGAGGGCGACGACGACGUGCCGGUGGUGCGCGAGCUCCUGGUGAAAUUGCUUUUGGUGCUCGCAGUGAGGUCGGAAAGCCUUUUGGCUCUGUUUGAGGGGUCAGAUUUUUCCGUCGCGAAGCCAGACUGCUUGCCGCGCCUGUACCAAUGCUGUUUGGACAAUGGGUAUCCCUUCCCUGGGCUCCGCGAGCACCGGGGGAGGAACGUCCACGCGACGGAGCAGAAGGCAUGGGGGAUGGGCCGCCUGGUGGAUGCCAUCCUGUUCCCGUUAUGGGCCAACCCGACAUGCUUCGACAGCCUGCUGGAGAGCGCGGAAAAUUUGCAUUUCUGCAAGCUCUUCCGCUCCGGCCUGGUCUUCAGCCACACUUACGAAUAUUAUUGACGCUUCGCGUCUCCUCGCCAGCCCAUCCAGAAUCGGUGCCCA